AUGGUUGCGGAUUCCAACAUCAGCCCUUCGUUCCUCGACCGCGGACUGAAGCCGCUUGCAUACUUCCCUCACCAACGAGACGAGGAACAGCAGCAGAUGAGCAAUUCUCACCAGCAUUCCACCUCUAUUGUGUCUGUGCCAGCCAUGGCCAUGACUGCGCCCACAGCUUCUCGCGCGGCCGCAGCAAACUGGCUAAGGGCUCACCACCACAAGAUGUUGGACACGGACAAUGCUCGUGUUCUUGGCGACGCCGACGAGGAAUGCGCUUUCACUUCUCCAUCUACGGCCCCUCAGCCAUGUCUUGAUGGAAUCGCCCUACAACAUGUGUGCGCUGUGUUUCAUACGCGCUCGGUCAAGGCCCAGUGGCCUGGUUUGAAGCAGCUCGACACGCAAGCGGCGCCCUUGAUUACACUCCCCUUCCAACACUUUCCUCUCGAACUCAUCCCGAGAAGGAGGCCAGGCGCGUGCACCUCCGCCUCAACUACGAUGGUCUGGACUCAGGCCAAGGCUGUUGCCGUCCUGGCAGCAGUUGAUGCUAGUGCCCAAGGCUUCUACUCGAGUCUUCGCCAGCAGGUGGCCGCCUGUGGCGCGGUUGGUGGCCCCAACAAUUUUUACGAUGCGGGCUGCUACACCGGUACCAGUGUCGUUACCACAAGCUGGAUGGAGAUCAAGAACUAUGUGCCGUCAUCCGCCUAUACCUACCAAAUCUCCCACCCUGUCUUCUGGGGAAAUAUUGACACGCCAACCAAAUUCAACUCCACCGUGGUUCCUCUGACCUGCAGCCAAGCAUGUCAAGGUUAUGGCUACAAGGUCGCUUCGCUUAAUAACAACCGCUGUACUUGUUCGCCCAUGCUUCCUCAGUCGGCCUCCAAGACAUAUAGCGGCGGUAACGCUGCGGUCUGUGACGUCCGCUGUUCAGGCGAUUUUAACCAAAUCUGCGGUGGCCAGACGUCUACUAACGGGGUCGGCGUGGCUGUGGACCCGAGCUUUCCCUCGGACGCAGACAUUCGGAACAACUUUGCUGGCCUGGCAGUUGGUUACAAGUAUCUGGGAUGUUAUGUCCCGGGCAGCGGCUUCCGAAGCAACGUUCAACCCGUGUCGUCUGGUGCUCAGCAGGUCUGCCAGAACCGUUGCGCGCAGUUGGGCUAUCCCUAUGCCUCCCAAUCACAGAGCUAUGGUUGCGACUGCGGUGUCUCUUUUGGGGCUGGAUCUUAUCAGAUCGACUUCCCUUUGGCUUCUUGCGAGGCGAAUGGCGGCGCUCCUGUCUACGUGAACCCGGACCUGCUGGGCUGCUACGUGCCACCCGUUCCGGGCUACGGCUCCUACGACUCUUCGAACAACUUUGUAUACUCCUGCGCUUCUGCGCCCGCUAUCACUGGAAACCAGGCCGUGCGGCCCCAGACCAUCACCAGCCCGGGCAACGCGACACUUAACAGCGUCGUGCCCAUCCACCCCCGCCAGGUCGGCAACUUCUACAUUCGCGGCUGCACCGCCUCCUCCGUGGAUGUCAUCUUCGCAUCCUCCGGAUACGCCAACAAGGGCGGCGCCAGCUCCCUGGAGCAGUGCGCAAACCUGUGCGCCAACUUCGACUACUUUGGCCUCCAGAACGGGGGCGUCACCUGCGCCUGUGGCAGCUUCCUCCUGAGCGAGCCAGAGGCCGACAUGGCCGCGUGCAACCGCAAGUGCGCCAGCACCCCGGGCCAGAGCUGCGGUUCCGGGACGGGCCCCAUCAUCUAUGGCAAGGCCACCAACGACAACCCGAUCUAUAGCUCCAUCUCGACGACGUCGACGUUGAGUGCGCGAGCGACGUACUACUGCAUCCCAAGCAGUGUUUCCACCAGCUCCACGACUGCGACUAGCUCCGUGGUUGGAACGAGCUCCAUGGUUGGAGUGAGCUCUGCGACCGGGACGAGCUCUGCAGUCGCCGCCACCUCUGCAGCUGGGACGAGCUCUGCGGCUGGGACGAGCUCUGCGGCUGGGAUGAGCAGCUCUGCGGCUGGGAUGAGCAGCUCUGCGGCUGGGAUGAGCAGCUCUGCGGCUGGGAUGAUUUCUGCGCCUGGGAUAAGUUCUGCGACUGGGGCAAGCUCUGCAGUUGCUACCACCUCUACAGCUGUGAUGAGCUCUGCGGCUGGGGCGAGUUCCGCAGUUGGGAUGAGUUCUGCGGUUGGUGGGAGCUCUGCGGCUGCAGCAAGCUCUGCAGCUGUGACGACUUCACGUGCUGGCUCGUCGUUCACGAUACCGGCUGCUUCAUCUGCCCCGGCCUCCAGCAGUGCUUCCAAUGUGCCGGUUGUCCCCCCUACAAGUCCCAACGCCCAAACUUCGACUGCCGUCUUCCAGGGUUCGACCUCGUGCGGCAGCUGCCUUUUCACUGCUAGCACUUCUCCCACCAGUCCUAGCACGUCUCCCACCAGUGCCUCCACUACCCGCGUCGCUCCCACGGCCAGCUCUGCUGCUAGCGUUGCUGGGUCAUCUGCUGGUGGUGCCGGGUCCUCCGCUGGUGGUGCAGGAUCCUCUGCUGGUGCUGGAGCAUCUUCUGCUGUUGGUGUUGGAUCUUCUACUGCUGGUGCUGGAUCUUCUACCGCUGGUGCCGGCUCCUCUGCCGGUGGUGUCGUCGGAACGUCUUCGAUAGGAGGAGGAGGUGGUGUUCCUACCGUAUCAUCUGCUGGCGGAGGCGGCGGUGCUCCAACGACCUCGUCUGCUGGGGGCAAUGGUGGAGUCCCCAUGAGCUCGACAGCAGGCGGCAAUGGAGGAUCACCCAACCCUACCAGCGACGCAAAUCCCUCUGUCACACCUCAGACAUCGUCCGUUGCUCCCCCUGCGACCACGUCCUCCCCAGAAGAGGUUGUGACGGUCACGCUUAGAUAUGCUGAGCCCACGGACUUUGCUGUUGCCGCCACCAUACCGAUUGGGCAAGGAAUCAGGUCUGAGCUCAGCAUCCAGGGAAAUCUUUUGAAUGUGAUUGUCGAGAACAAUGGCUGCUACGACCUAGUGGCGGGACAGACCCCGUUCCUCGACCCUCAGGAGCUGAUUCCAGGCGAAGGCGACCCCCUGCUCUGCGCGACGGACUGCUUCUCCAGGGACUACGAGCUCACCGGCGCUGUCGAUCAGGACUGUUACUGCGGAAAUGAACAAGCGCCGCUCUCGCCAUCCCGCUAUCAACAGAUCUCAUGUCCUGGGGGAACCAAGAGAUCGAUAUCGCAAAAGCAGGUUAUUAGGGGCAGGACCAUCGUGGAGAGGGCACAAGGCUAUCUGCAGAUUCUUCGGGUUCUCGAUGCAUCCACCGUCGUUGUUGUCGGGAACACUACCAACACACCGUUUUCUUCUAGUAUCUCCUCCUCUGUCACUGAGAGCGGAUCCUCAAUUGCUCCCAUGAGCAGCACAUCUGUUGCGUCUGUCAAUGUCACGUCGUUAGCACAAGGUUCCAUUUCCACCGCGGUUUCUGGUCAGAGCACACCCUCUGCUGUCAUGGGUAUGUCUAUUUCAUCCAUUAUAAGUGGCGGGACCGUACCGUCUUCGACGUCUGGUGGUGGAGUCGGAGCCUCUUCAACCCUCAGCGGUGGAUUCGGACCGUCUUCGACAGCCGCUGGCGGGUCUGAGCCUUCUUCAACCACUGCCGGCGGGGUCGAGACUUCUUCAAUCUCGGCCGGUGGAUUUGAGCCAUCUUCAACUUCUGCUGCAGGUUCCGAAUCUUCUUCAACACCAAUGGACGGAGCCGGACCUUCUCCAACAUCUGGUGGUGGAUCUGGGCCUUCUUCACGGCCUACGGACGGCUCUGGACCUUCUUCUACCCGAUCUGGCAAUGUCGCGACUCCUUCAACACCCGGUGGUAUACCACCGCCGUCAUCGCGUCCCGUGGGCGGGUCUUCCAUCCCUAAUGGUGGCCCUGGGCCUUCCACAGGCUCGGGUGGAGGCGGCAUCAUCGUCACCUCUUCGAGCACCCAGUACUUCACAGUGACAACCGGCUUCCCCGGAAGCAGCCAGAAUGGACCCAUGACCGAUGGCGGAAGUGCAACUUUUAUACCAUCGGGCGGCGUGGGCUCCUCUCAAGGCCCUUCAGCCACGGCAUCCGGCAUCAUCCCCAGCGGGUCGGCGAUACCGUCGUCCAGCGUUUUCGUCAUCCAGAUUGGCCCGGCCGACCCCAAUACUUCGGCCGUCCCAGGCUCCAAGGCCCGCCGGCAGAGCAGCGGGUUUGUCUCAAACGCCGGCGUCAACAACCCGGUUGAUUGCUCCCAAGCGACGCAGUUCACCAUCAUCAAUGGCGAGCUCAUCAGCGGCGGCCAGAAGGUGUCGACCAACCCCGGUAUCGCUUCGGCACGCCUGGCAGUCAGCCCCAUCGUCGGCUCCAUCUCUACGGUCUGGCAGAUCAUGGACAACGAGCUCCUCUGGGUCAAUGCCGCCUUCGCGGGCGGCGAGGCCGGGUUCUGCCUCGACACCCUCGGCAGGGUGUUCUUCACCACCACGGGCGUUGGCACCGAGCCCGCUGGCUGCACUCGUGUGAGGCUGACAGCUGUUUUCGUGGCCAAUUGCCCUGGUCUCAACCCCGGCAGCGGCCUCCUCCCGGCCGAGGAGACCUUGAUCUUGCCCCCCAGCGUAUACUUCCCAGAGCGCGCGCCGGGAGACCUGCAGUGCUCUCCUACCCUCGAGUUCUGGACCAUUGGCCAGUUCACGGUCAUGCCUGCUCCUACCGCUACAGCUUAG